AUGGACAUUCCAGGUGAAAUGCCAGGAAUAGUGAAAUCGAAUUCCUAUGUUCCACAGUCAGACCUGGAGGAAACUUCAUCUAACUGUGAAGUACAUGGGCAUAAAGUUCAGCAUCUGCCUUCUCUGAUGAAAUCGGAAGAGCCAGAUGUACCCGAAAUAGUGAGUCAGCCAUCAGGUGCUUGUGCAGACUUUUUAUUUAUUGAUAGUAUGUUAAACCAUCUGGCCAAGAGUCAGAAGGCUCCUUUUAAAAGUCAACAAGUAGGAGAUCCAGACUUGGAUUUUUCAGAGAAGAAAGAAAUAGCUAGAGACAUUCUUAAAGACAAUCCAGCACGGUUCUUGGCAAAAUUUGGCCAUUAUUUGUUAGAAGAUCAUUUAGACUACUUUUCAACUUUGGAUAGUACCAAUAAAAAUUAUGAAGUUGAUUUCCAUGUGAAACAGUUGAGAAGGUUUCUCAGUAAAACCAAAAAUCUAGUUGAUGUGCGCAACAGACGAUUUGAAGCAUUGAAAAAACUUAUAAAAGAAGGAGACUAUUUCAGUGAAGAAGAAAUGCAAAAACGUAAUCCUUUAAUGUAUGAACAAUUAAUUGGUCAAUACCUUACUCCUCAGGAAAGACAAGAUCGAUAUGCAAAUAAAAAACAGAGUAGAAGUUAUGUAGUGCAUUUAAUGGGUCAGAUAGAAGAUCAUUAUGUUAAUUGUCUGAAAAAGCAACAACUGGAUGAUGAAGAAGCAGAAGAAAUGGAUACAAGUGAUGAAGAAGUAGAAGAAAAUGAACCUGUUAAUGAGGGAAAGAUUUAUAACCAGAGAGAAGAAAAUGAAGAAGAUAUAGAGGAAUUUGAUACUUCUGAUGAGUCAGAAGGAGAGAGAACAGAACAGAUGAAGAAAACCCAGUCCUGUCAAACAUCUUCUCAAAGUAAGGUUACUGAUGAAGAAAAAUACAUGUUCCGCGAAGAAUUUUUUAACAAUAUGUAUGAAAGUUUUUUGGAAGGGAGGGAUACUGAUUUUGAUUAUACCACUGUUGAUACCAAUCCAGAAUAUGAGUGCCUUGCUGUUAGAACUCAAGAUGAAGAGGAACAGUAUUUUGAUUCCGAGACCCCUGAACUAAUCAAAUCUGGUAACAUAACUCCAACUGGUAAUGAAAAUGAGGAGGAGGAAGAAGAUGAGUUAGACAUAUUUAUGAAAAAAUUAAAUUCUGAAUCGUCUGUGAAAUAA